UUUAUUUCUUUUUUUCGAAGCUGGGGACUGAACCCAGGGCCUUGUGCUUGCUAGGCAAGUGUUCUACCACUGAGCUAAAUCCCCAACCGCUGAAACCUUGUUUUUACAUAACUUUUCACUCUAUUUGUUGUCAGUGUCACCUCACCAAAAUAUAAGCUUUAUAAAGACACCACAUUUAGACCUGUUUAAUGGAGGGGUUGGGAAGGGGAGUUGUCAGCUUAGACAGGAUUGGUGCGCACACAUCCAUCAUCCCAGCACUAGGGAGGUGGAGCCUGGAGAACCAGGUGCUGGAGGCCAGCUUCGGCUGGAUAGUGAGUGUAUACAACACAGUCUCCUAAAAAAACAGGGAGAAGCGCUGUAGAGGAGGCUCCUGCUCUUGCAAAGAUCCAUCAUUGCUCAAUUAGGCGGCUCACAGCCAAUGGCUACUCUGGCUCCAGCGCGAUCCGACGCUCUCUUCUGGCCUCCAUGGGCUUUGCAUGCACACGCACAGACAACACUCUUUUAAAAAGGAAAAAGUUUUCAGUUUGUGGACUAUGAAGGAGCAGGCGCAAGGUGAUGGUCCGCUGCUCCUUUUAGACGGUGAGCGCCUCCGUUCUAGUGGAAUCACCGUAACUCCGCAAAACACCCGCUGCCCUGACAGGAGCCACCAAGCCGGCCUCGCACACCUCCUUAGAGUCAACCCUUUAGAGCUGCGCGCCUCUCGCCAGGCCCCACCCUCCACAGCGAUUGGCUAGCAUUCUACUCAGGGGCCUGCCCCUUCACCCCUGAUGGGCACUAUGAAAGCCAAUGGGGAGAUCGCCCGCCUUGCCCGAGGCCGUUGGAGGCGGGCAUGGGCGGGCCGUUGGGGGGGCGGGGCGUGCAGCCUGGUAACCGUUGCCGGGCGCAACGCCCCGCCCCGCGAGGGCUGCGCGAGGCUGAGGCGGGCGGGCGCCUGCUGCGGGCGGGCGCUGCGGGCGGGCGGGAGGGCGGCGGGAGCCGGAGGAGGAGCGGCCGGCGCCGCCACCGCCGCCGCCAUAGAGACUGUAGCCGUGGAGACUGUUACUUACCAACGCGGAGCGACACGCAGCGGCCAACGCCGCGGGAGCCGCUACCCGAACUCCCUGCCGAACUCCAGAGGGUGCUGGUACAAGCCGCAGGCUCCACUCCCAAGGGUACCCCGAUGCAGACACUCACCCUCCCCAGAGUCCAGCCAGUGCCACCACAGGUGCAGCACGUGUACCCCGCACAGGUGCAGUACGUGGAGGGUGGGGAUGCUGUCUACGCCAACGGAGCCAUCCGAGCCGCCUAUACCUACAACCCAGACCCUCAGCUCUACGCCCCCAGCAGCGCAGCUUCUUACUUUGAGACUCCAGGUGGCGCUCAGGUGACGGUGGCAGCCUCGUCCCCACCAGCGGUUCCCUCCCACGGCAUGGUGGGCAUCACCAUGGAUGUCUCAGGGACCCCCAUUGUGUCUGGCGCAGGAACCUACCUCAUCCACGGGGGCAUGGACAGCACAAGACACUCCCUGGCCCACACUGCCCGCUCGUCACCUGCCACGCUUGAAAUGGCGAUUGAGACUCUCCAAAAAAGUGAAGGCCUCGCCCCCCACAAAGGCGGCCUGCUCAACAGCCAUCUCCAGUGGCUUCUGGACAAUUACGAGACAGCAGAGGGUGUGAGCCUGCCCCGCAGCUCCCUGUACAACCACUACCUGCGCCACUGCCAGGAGCACAAGCUGGAGCCAGUCAAUGCUGCAUCCUUCGGCAAGCUCAUCCGCUCUGUAUUCAUGGGCCUGCGCACACGACGCUUGGGGACCAGGGGCAACUCAAAGUACCAUUACUAUGGGAUCCGCCUGAAGCCAGACUCACCACUGAAUCGACUGCAGGAAGACACACAGUACAUGGCCAUGAGGCAGCAGCCCACGCACCAGAAGCCUAGGUAUCGGCCAGCCCAGAAGUCAGACAGCCUCGGGGAUGGCAGUGCUCACAGCAACAUGCACAGCACACCCGAGCAAGCCAUGGCCGCCCAGGGCCAGCAUCACCAGCAGUACAUAGAUGUGUCCCACGUCUUCCCAGAGUUCCCAGCACCUGACCUAGGCAGCACGUUACUGCAGGAGAGUGUCACCCUUCAUGAUGUGAAGGCCCUGCAGCUGGUGUAUCGCAGGCACUGUGAGGCCACCUUAGAUGUCGUCAUGAACCUCCAGUUUCAGUACAUUGAGAAGCUGUGGUUGUCCUUCUGGAACUGCAAGGCCACCUCCAGUGAUGGCCGUGCCUCGCUGCCUGCCAGCGACGAGGAGCCUGAAGUCACCCUCCUCCCCAAGGACAAGCUCAUCUCUCUGUGUAAGUGUGAGCCCAUCCUGCAGUGGAUGCGCAGCUGCGAUCACAUCCUGUACCAGGCGCUGGUGGAGACCCUCAUCCCAGACGUGCUACGGCCCGUGCCCAGUUCCCUCACACAGGCCAUCAGGAACUUCGCCAAGAGCCUGGAGGGCUGGCUCAUCAAUGCCAUGAGUGGCUUCCCUCAGCAGGUCAUCCAGACCAAGGUGGGUGUUGUAAGUGCCUUUGCACAGACACUGCGGCGCUACACGUCCCUCAACCACCUGGCACAGGCAGCACGUGCCGUGCUACAGAAUACGUCACAGAUUAACCAGAUGCUGAGUGACCUCAACCGCGUGGACUUUGCCAAUGUGCAGGAGCAGGCCUCAUGGGUGUGCCAGUGUGAGGAGAGCCUGGUGCAGCGUUUGGAGCAUGACUUCAAGGUCACCCUGCAGCAGCAGAGCUCGCUGGACCAAUGGGCCAGCUGGCUGGACAAUGUGGUCACCCAGGUACUGAAGCAGCAUGCAGGCAGCCCCAGCUUCCCCAAGGCUGCACGGCAGUUCCUGCUCAAGUGGUCCUUCUACAGCUCCAUGGUAAUCCGGGACCUGACCCUGCGCAGCGCUGCCAGCUUUGGCUCCUUCCACCUCAUCCGCCUGUUGUAUGACGAGUACAUGUUCUACCUGGUGGAGCACCGUGUGGCCCAGGCCACCGGGGAGACACCCAUUGCUGUCAUGGGCGAGUUCAAUGACCUGGCGUCCCUGUCGCUGACCCUGCUGGACAAAGAGGACAUUGGGGACGGACACAGCAGUGAGGCAGAUGUGGAUGGCCGCAGCCUGGGCGAGCCCCUGGUGAAGCGGGAACGGAGUGACCCCAGCCACCCACUGCAGGGCAUCUAGCCCCUGGCCUAGGCGUCUUCCACAUGCUUCUGGAAGGCGUCACCUGGCCCUCUAGGGACCUGGGCUCUCAGCUGUUUCACACUAGUGCCUCUUCAAUGACAUGUUUACUGUGACCCAAGGUGGCCUGGGGUGCCCCACCCACAGGGUGCCAGAGGCUGUGGGAGCUAAGAUGGUCACUCACGCUGCCAUACUCUGCUAAAGUGCCCCUAAUCCUGGGAUGUCCCCCCACACCAAGGACACAGUGACCUGUGUGGACACCUCCCCUGCUGCGUGUGUGACUUCUGAGGCACAUCCCCAGAAAUGCCCCAGCCACCUUGGUGGCUUUUCCACUCAGCUGCUCCCAACAUAACCUCCAUUUCAAAGAAAACCCACUCUAGCACAGAGUGGGAGGAACCAUACUACUCUGAAGCCACUGAGUGGGGACUCUGUGGUCCCCUGUGCCGUGGUCUCCAUGCACUUCAUAGCUUCUUAUGGACAGGCAAGGCCUCCAGGCACAGGCCCUGGACCCCAGAUGCUAAUGGCAUCUCAUCUCAUCCUGGACAGGUCCAACCAAGCCCCCAAAAGAUAACAGACUCCAAGCAGGGCCAGUCAAACGUAGAUGCUUUCUGUCCAAUUCAUAGUUAACACCAAGAUAACGUGGGGGCAGGAGACUGGGUUGGGUUUCCCCAAGCAGCCACAUGGGUCAGCACCAUGGGCCUCCCAGAAGAACCCCAAAAGCUGUGUUUGUGGCAGUCCUGGGUCCCUGCAGUCUUCCAGACACCUCCCCCAAAACUAGCCAUGCUUGCUGCUGGCCUGUGGCCAACCCCUUCUCAACCCUAGACCAUGAGAUCUCUGUGGACAAAUGAACACCAAGGUCUAUCGGGCCCUGAGUUCUAGAGGCCCCAACACGUCACACCUUGCUGCUGUCACCACUUCAGAAUUCUGCCCUACACAAGCCCUGCCCUCGCACACCUAGGAAGCACCUAAUGAAAUACGAUAGUUUCUCUCUUUUUGGAAAAAAAAAAAUGUUCCCCCAAUAGUUUUGUGCUGUAAUUGUUCUUAGAAGGUUCUUGUGAAUGUGUCCAUCACAACAUA